AUGUCAUUUAAUAAUCCUUUUGAAGAUGAUUUAGAAAGACAAAUAUCACACAAUUCAACCAGGUAUAAAGAUUAUCCUGAAUUUGACACAAUUUCAUCAUCAAUUGAAAAUCAACUAAAUUUUAUAAAUAAAACACAGCUUAACAACUUGAAAUCUCAACUCUCAGAGUAUGAACAAUCAAAAGAUACAGAGCUAGCGGAAUCGCUUUCAAAUAAUUUUAAGAAGACAACGGAAUAUUAUAAGAAAUUAAACGAUUUUAUCAAAAAGUUAAACCAUAUAAUUAAUGAAUUGAAUUUCCAACACGAAGAUAUUGAAGUAAUCAACUACUUCAAACAGAAAGAACAAAUUCAAAUCAAGUUAGUAAAAGACUCCUUAUCAAACUUUAAAAAUCUCCAAAAACGAUACGAAUUAAAUCAACAGAAUAGUAUAUCCCAAUCUUCUAGAAAAGAGGAGUCAGAAAGUCAAGGUCAGGUUCAAUCACUGGUUCAGAUCGAGUAUGAGCCUGUUAAUGCCGAAGAAUUGGAACAACAGACACUACUUAUACAAGAGAGGGAGAGAGAAAUUCAUCAGAUUCAACAAGAUACUCAAGAGAUCAAUGAUAUUUUUACGAAUUUAUCAGGUAUUAUAAAUGAGCAACAAUUUACCAUUGAUAAUAUUGAGAAUAAUAUAUUUAGUUAUAGUUCAAAUGCAAAACAAGCUGUGAGUGAGUUGAGAAGUGCUGAGAGAUGGCAGAAGGGUAGUAAUGGGAGAAUGUUAUGUUGUUUUAUGAUUUUAUUGGGUGUUGCUGCUUUAUUGGUAUUAAUUAUGGCUAUUUUUUAG